UUCCUUCUCCUCUUCUCCUCCUGGGGUGAUCUGAGCACGCGCAUCACGCAUCACCAGCUUCAGCAAUCCAACACCGUCGAACCCGGCUGUACACUCGUGGCACAAAAGGGGGAGACCGUGAUACAUCCGGCCUGUCCCCUUCAACGUUCACGCUGAACAGGUAGAUCCUGGCGAAUACAUUCUACCACGUGACGGGGCCAACUUUCACUACCUUCAACUUCUGGCAUCCCUUGCCCUUGCUCAUGCCCAGAUGAGGAGGGCCACUAUGCGCGAUGCCUACGAGCCUCCAGUAAUCUUUCUUCCGCAGAGCGCAGUUUGUGGUGGUAUCCAGCGUGGGAGGCAAGGAUUCGCCUCCAAGAGAUUCAAGGGCAGAUUUGACCACUGUGACAGGGUGAACCGCGAUUCUAUGAAUAUCGCGAGGGCUCCGAAGCAAGUCUUUCACUGCCACAGGCGAUGUUCGAGCUCCAAUACCGCCGGCCUAUGGCACAUCGUCCUCUCGCGACCCUAAGUACAACGGCUCUGCCAGGUAAGUAUACUCGAACGAUCUCUCUUACUGAGGUGUUACGACGCAGUAGCACUAGCAGAUAAAUGGAAGGUACGGACGUGCACCUUGAAUACCGGC